AUGUUCUCGGAUACGUGGGACGGCAUCGUCUCACUCGGCGACAGCACAUCCGGAUUUCCACCGAGAGACUGGAAUUUGGAGAGUCCGACCUCCGUGGAACCAUGGAUCCUCAAACCUUCGCAAAAUCCGAACGGAUCUCCUACAACGCCGAUCUCAACUUCGUCGACGAGGACGAAGCCCGCCUCUGGCCCACCAUCUCGAGUCGACGACAACUACCAUACGAGCCGCGAGGACGAAGCCACCUUUGCCUCACUCCUGUUAGGGCCCGGCUCAAACCGUCCACCCGUCUCCAACAUCCUCCAACACCUCGUCGACGCCCUCUUGCCAGUCCCCUACAUCAGCCAGCUCGACGCAUCCCUCAGCGUCAAAGUGGAACCGGCCUUCGACAUCGACGACGAUGAGGCUGACGGGGAGGAAGGAAGCGACGAGGGCGCUGAGAGGCAGGAUGAGGAGGAGGAGCGGAAAAUGAGCGUCGCCAACGAGCGGGCGACGGAGCUGGUGUUGGAGGCUGGCGUUCUGGAUCUGUUGGAGCGGCUUGAAAACUCCGGGCUUGGGAAGAUGGUCAGGGAGUUGAAGGGAGUGGUCGAGGGCAAGUUUGUGGCGAGGCGUGGUCCCACUUGA